AUGACGGAAUAUCAGAGGCCAAGGGAUAGUCUAGACAGCGCCAAUAUAUACAGUGAGCAAAGCAGCACGACUUCUCUCGAGAAGCAAUUAGAGCCUUAUGGAGUAGGUAAAGAAGUUAAAGAUUACACAUACGGUGUUAUCAAUGGUAAUGGCGACGGUAUCUAUAAAGUGGACGGUACAUUGUCAAGAACUCAAACUCGUGAAGUAGAGGAAUCUGAUCUGGAAUCAGCCGAUGAUGUCAAAACUAUAAAGGACAGCCAAGAAUACGUAGCACCAUAUACUUUAUUCAGCUAUUCACAAAAGUGGAUUAUGGUGGGGUUAUUAACUAUGUGUGGGUUCUGGUCUUCAUUAGGUUCGCCAAUUUACUAUCCAGCUUUAAGACAAUUGGAAAAACAAUUCGAUAUUGAUGAAAAUUUAGUUAACGUCACUGUGGUGGUUUACUUAUUAUUUCAAGGUAUUUCACCAACCGUCUGUGGCGGUUUAGCCGACAUAUAUGGGCGUAGACCUGUUAUAUUAUUCGGUAUGUUAGUUUACAUUGUUGCAUCUAUCGCCUUGGCUUGCGCUAACUCAUAUGGUGUUAUUAUUUUCUUAAGAUGUCUUCAGAGUUGUGGUAUUUCUCCAAUCAUUGCAAUUAGUUCAGGAUGCGUUGGUGAUUUCACAAUGAAAGCAGAAAGAGGUACAUUUGUUGGUGCUGUAUCAGGUUUAGUCUUGUUGGGUCAAGCAUUUGGUUCUUUGAUUGGUGCAGCAUUAGCAGCAGCUUGGGAUUGGAGAGCAAUUUUCUGGUUCCUGGCAAUUGGUGCAGGGUGUUGUCUAUUUGUAGGUAUUUUGGUUUUGCCAGAAACAAAGAGAACAAUUGUGGGUAAUAUGUCUAUAAAACCUAAAAACAUCAUCAAUAGAGCACCAAUUUUCUUAUUAAAAAGCUUCCAGAAGAGAUUCAAAUAUGAUAAUCCAGAUUAUGAAACCUUGGAUCAAAACAAGCCAAAGCUAAACCUUUUAGCGCCAUUCACCAUCAUCUGUCAACCGGAAAUUGUAUUAUCACUACUUCCAGGUGGUUUACAAUUUGCAUUAUGGACAUUAAUGUUAUCAUCAAUUUCUUCAGAAUUAGCUAUUGAACCUUAUAAUUAUAAACUGAUUAUUAUUGGUGUAUGUUAUUUACCAGCUGGUAUGGGUGGUUUACUUGGAUCGUUGAUUACAGGUAGAGUAAUUGAUAUCUAUUAUAAAAAGAGUUUAAAAAAAUUCGAUGCAAUGAAGGAAGCCAAAGAAAUUCCAGAAGAUAAACAAUUCAAUAUUUUCAAAGCACGUCUACUACCAGCAUUACCACAGAAUUUCAUUGCUGUCGCUGCAUUUAUAUUAUUUGGUUGGUGUGUGGAUAAGGGCUUAAAAGUCGAAAGUAUAUUAAUCGUUUCAUUUUUUGGUUCAUAUUGUGCAAUGAGUACAUUAUCCACAUCUAGCACAUUGUUGGUUGAUCUUUAUCCAGGGAAGUCGUCUACUGCUACAAGUUGUUUCAAUUUCAUCAGAUGUAGUUUAAGUGCUAUGUUUAUGGGUUGUUUUGCGAAAAUGAAAGGUUCCAUCACAGUUGGUGGUACAUUCACAUUAAUUGUUGGUUUUCUUUUCGUUGCAAAUUUCUUAGUCAUGAUCCCAGUAAUGUACGGUAUGGAAUGGAGACAAAAAAGAGCUAAUAAAGCUGAACUUAAGGCACAAAGCACAAUGGAAGCCAAUUAA